AUGCACGGCAUCUCUUCAGCUUGGCUGCUGCUAGCCUCGGGCGUCUUGCCUCUGGUGGCUGGUGACGGCUGUCCUUUUGCCAAGAGGGCCACCGACUCUGGUUCUGACUUGUUCCCUCCAAGGGAGAUUGCGGAAGACUUUGGACGAUGCCGUGUCGCUGGUAAUGCUGCCGGUGCUGGUACUCGAAGCCGUGACUUUUGGCCCUGUCAGUUGAGGCUCGAUGUGUUGCGUCAGUUCUCGCCUCAGAUUAACCCAUUGGGCGAGGAGUUUGACUAUGUGGAGGCGUUCAAGACGCUUGACUAUGAGGCUCUGAAGAAGGAUCUGCACAAGCUCGUCACAGAUUCACAGGAUUGGUGGCCUGCUGACUUUGGCCACUAUGGAGGUCUGUUUAUCCGUAUGGCCUGGCACAGCGCUGGCACCUACCGCGCCAUUGACGGCCGUGGUGGUGGUGGCAUGGGUCAACAGCGUUUUGCUCCCCUCAACAGCUGGCCCGAUAACCAGAACCUUGACAAGGCUCGCCGCCUUCUCUGGCCCAUCAAGCAAAAGUAUGGCAACAAGAUCUCUUGGGCCGAUCUUAUCCUCCUCGCCGGCAACGUCGCCCUCGAGUCUAUGGACUUUGAGCCUAUUGGCUUUGGCGCUGGCCGUGCCGAUACCUGGCAAUCUGACGAAUCCGUCUACUGGGGUGCUGAGACCACCUUUGUCCCCAAGGGCAACGACGUCCGCUACAACGGCAGCAAGGAUGUUGUCGAUCGCGCCGACAAGCUCGAGAAGCCUCUAGGGGCUAUCCGGACACGCCUAGGCGCGCCUCCACUCGCGAACGCGUAG